UACUGUGAGUAUGGGAUGGUACACGUCCUUUCAGAGAAGGGGAGCAGCAAAGGAAAAGACUACUGUAUCCUCUUCAACUCUCAGUGGGCCCAUUUGCCACAUGAUCUUGGUAAAGCUUCACUCUUGCAACUGCAGGACCAGACAGCAUCUGUUUUGUGUUCUCCUUCUGAUGUACCUGAUGGGGGAUUUAAUAAUCAAAUCCCCAUGGUGAUGCGAGGGAAUUGCACCUUCUAUGAGAAAGUGAGGCUUGCUCAGAUAAAUGGAGCUCGUGGGCUGCUGAUUGUUAGUAGAGAGAGACUGGUUCCUCCUGGGGGUAACAGAAGUCAAUAUGAGGAGAUUGAUAUUCCUGUGGCUCUGCUCAGCUAUACUGAUAUGUUAGAUAUUGGCAAGAGUUUCGGCAGCUCAGUGAAAGGGGCGAUGUAUGCGCCAAAUGAGCCCGUGCUAGACUAUAACAUGGUGAUUAUAUUUGUCAUGGCUGUGGGGACUGUUGCAAUUGGAGGCUACUGGGCAGGAAGCAGAGAUGUGAAAAAGCGGUACAUGAAGCACAAACGUGAUGAUGGGGCAGAGAAACAUGAUGAUGAAACGGUUGAUGUGACUCCAAUAAUGAUCUGUGUAUUUGUAGUGAUGUGCUGCUCAAUGCUGGUCCUCCUUUAUUUCUUCUAUGACCACUUAGUCUAUGUUAUCAUAGGAAUAUUCUGCCUGGCUGCCUCAAUUGGUCUUUACAGUUGUCUGUCUCCCUUUGUAAGAAGAUUCCCCUUGGGAAAGUGUAGAAUCCCAGACAACAACUUGCCUUAUUUUCACAAGCGUCCACAGGUCCGGAUGUUGCUGUUGGCAGUAUUUUGUAUCUCUGUCAGCAUAGUCUGGGGAAUCUUCAGAAACGAAGAUCAGUGGGCCUGGGUUCUGCAAGAUGCUUUGGGAAUUGCUUUCUGUCUUUACAUGUUGAAAACAAUUCGCCUGCCUACAUUUAAGGGUUGUACCUUGCUCCUCCUGGUUCUUUUUGUGUAUGAUGUAUUCUUUGUAUUUAUCACACCUUUUCUAACAAAGACUGGGGAGAGUAUAAUGGUGGAGGUGGCUGCAGGCCCAUCGGAUUCUGCCACUCAUGAAAAGCUCCCAAUGGUCCUGAAGGUUCCGCGACUGAACUCCUCACCGUUGGCUCUGUGUGACAGGCCUUUUUCUCUCCUAGGAUUUGGAGACAUUUUAGUUCCAGGCUUACUGGUAGCCUAUUGCCAUAGAUUUGAUAUUCAGGUGCAGUCGUCCAGAGUCUAUUUUGUAGCCUGCACAAUAGCCUAUGGCAUAGGCCUUCUUGUGACCUUUGUUGCCUUGGCAUUGAUGCAGAUGGGCCAGCCCGCUCUCCUCUACUUGGUGCCCUGUACUCUUCUCACAAGCUUCGUUGUGGCUCUUUGGAGAAAGGAGCUUGCAAUGUUCUGGACGGGCAGCGGCUUUGUACAGAAAGACCUACCUCAGCCUCCCUUGGUGAUAGCUCCUGUCAACUGCCCUGAGCUUCCCAAAGAUAGCAAGGUACCAGCCUCUCAACAAGACACAGAGCAAAUGACCAAUCCUACCCUCCACGUGAAGAAUCUGCAUGGCCCCAUCUCAGCUGCAGAGGAGCUGGCUGAUACCAACGCAAAGACGGACCAGUCAGAAAUUUCUAUUGCACAGAGUGAAGAACCAGCUGCUCAGAAUAAGGGUGACCUUGAAAGCAAAUGCCUAAAUGCAGAGCAAAAACAGCUGGAAUAAACAAUGUGAUAAGAACUCCUUAUUUUCCUUCACAAACAUAUCCAUAUAAAACCAGUAUGUAUUUAGGACUGGUUUAGUAGUGUUUGCAUUCAUUGAGGAACCUCACUGGGAGUCUGAUCAUCAAAUCCAACGACGAAUGUUCUGCCUCCAGCUUCAGUACAGCUAUACACUUCAAACAUCUUUCUGAAAUAUGGUGCUCUACAAGGGUUCUGAUGUAUGGAUUUCAAUGAUCAUUUUAUUAGUGAAUGCCUUUGACCAUUUUCAUUAUACCAGGGUAGUAUUAAGAGUUUUUAUUUACACAGUACUCUGUGCUUGUGUGGCUAUUUUGCUGCUUUAGCAUAGCGUAGAUUAACAUGGAGGAAAAGCAUUGAACAAGUCUGCUACAAUGCUUCGUUGAAAGAAACAAGAUAGGUUUUUAGCACUUUCCCUAUUGUCAUCUUUUACUUUUCCCUACUUGUCAAAGCCAUUGAUACAAGGGAAUGCUUUAGUAUAAACUGACAUUCAGGAAAUGCAGAGAAUGGUUAAAUUACCAGCCUCUGAAAGGAUUUAUACUACCGUGGUGCAUUAAAUGCAUCUCUUAACUUUUUUUGUCUUUUGUUUUUACUUCCAGGUACCUGGGUUGGCUACUAGUCUAGCUUAAGAGGCAGCAUGAAUGGAGCUGCAGGAAGCUUUCUAAGCACUUGUAUGAAUUCUAGGGGCUGUCUCUGAAAAUAAACAGUGUUUGUCACAGAACACUGUCUGGAAGCAAAAGCAUAUUAAGAAUGUUUAAUGUUUUAGAAAUAAAAUACAGGCCAAAUCAGUAAGAAAAUAGGUGGUAGCACUAUACUAACCGUAAUAGGCAGUAUUGUCACUGGGAAAAUGUUGAAGUAAAGCA